GCCAUACUGGGUCUCGGCAGAAAUGGCUCUCCGGUGAGGCCGGAAAAUUUGGGCGUAAGUCAGCGGGUGUGGCAGUGGCGAUGAGACAGCUUGUGCAAGGCUACGCAUGGAGUGGGAGGGACAGAGUUGUGACCGACUCGGACGAGAGUGAUGGCUCGGACGUGAUGGUAAGUGAGGAACCGGUGGUUAGGAUGCGCUCCCCAAGCCCUGAGCGGGUAGGAAGUGUGCAGCCCUCUAACGGCAGGGAGUGGAACCGAUGCCAGAUCGAUGGUCUAUGA